CACACCACCACCAACUUACGUGACUCGCCGCUGUCCCAGCCAGACUCUUUCUGUUUUUCUUUCUUCUUCAGAAACCCUAAUUCAAAAGCAAAAAAAAAUCUUGCGAUUUUGUGAAAAUCAUGUUUCAAUUUCCUUAAAGAAAUGUCAGUUGCGGAGCUGAAAGAGCGGCACAUGGCCGCUACACAGACUGUAAAUGAUCUCCGUGAAAAACUUAAGCAGAAGCGUCUCCAAUUACUCGACACAGAUGUUUCUGGGUAUGCAAAGACGCAAGGUAAAACUCCGGUAACGUUCGGCCCAACAGAUCUAGUUUGUUGUAGGAUCCUGCAAGGACACACUGGAAAGGUCUAUUCACUGGACUGGACUCCUGAAAAAAAUCGUAUAGUCAGUGCAUCCCAAGAUGGUAGAUUAAUAGUGUGGAAUGCUCUCACAAGCCAGAAAACCCAUGCAAUUAAGCUUCCAUGUGCUUGGGUUAUGACCUGUGCCUUUUCUCCUAGUGGACAGUCUGUCGCUUGUGGCGGCCUUGACAGUGCCUGCUCUAUCUUCAACUUAAAUUCACCAAUCGAUAAGGAUGGGAUCCAUCCAGUAUCGAGAAUGCUUAGUGGGCAUAAGGGGUAUGUGUCUUCGUGUCAGUAUGUUCCGGAUGAGGAUACUCACCUAAUAACUAGUUCUGGUGAUCAAACAUGUGUACUUUGGGAUAUAACUACUGGCCUAAGAACUUCUGUGUUUGGAGGUGAGUUUCAAUCUGGGCACACUGCAGAUGUAUUAAGUGUCUCAAUUAGUUCAUCUAACCCCAAACUGUUUGUGUCUGGGUCCUGUGACACAACUGCUCGACUGUGGGACACCCGAGUUGCUAGUCGAGCUCAACGAACAUUUCAUGGACACGAGAGUGAUGUUAAUACUGUAAAGUUCUUCCCUGACGGUAAUAGAUUUGGAACUGGUUCAGAUGAUGGCAGCUGCAGAUUAUUUGACAUUAGGACUGGACACCAGCUGCAAGUAUACAACCAACCGCAUGGUGACGGUGACAUCCCUCAUGUGACUUCCAUGGCAUUUUCUAUCUCAGGCCGUCUUCUCUUUGUCGGGUACUCUAAUGGUGAUUGUUACGUGUGGGACACCCUAUUAGCAAAGGUGGUCCUAAACUUAGGAUCAGUUCAGAACUCUCAUGAAGGGCGAAUAAGUUGUCUGGGACUGUCAGCUGACGGAAGUGCCUUAUGUACAGGAAGUUGGGAUACAAACCUGAAGAUUUGGGCUUUUGGAGGACACAGAAGUGUGAUCUGAGUUAUGAAACACCUCAUUCUGUUAUCUAUCUCAAGUCCCUCUUCAUUCUCAUUUUCUUUCUUGGCCAGCCUGUGGGUUCGCGUUUUCUUUUGGCAUCUUCAUAACCUGUAGAUCUCUUUAAUUCUAGUUAAUAUUUCGGUCAGAUAAACCAAAUCGUUUCCACAUGAAUCUGACAUAUAUUACUAGACCAGCACCAGUUGUAAAGAAUAACCUGUUUGUUGUCAAAA